AUGUCAAAAAGAGACGAAGAACUAGCCGAGAUCAAAUUCAAGUACGAGCUUCUGGUCAAUGAACUUUUCCAUCUCAAAGAGUUCACUUCGUUGCUAGAAUAUGAUCCGUCUUAUCGAAACAGCUCAGCGAGCUUCGACUCGUUUUUGAGUAGGUCCAAGCUGGAUAUGAGCGCAGUUUCUGGCGAGAUCAAAAACGAGUCUACAAGUUCGGCAAGAAGGAUUAGGAGUCGACAAGUACGGAAUGAGCAGUCCGCGCUGGAAGACUGUAUUAGUCGCGUGAAGCCAAGGGUGGACGAAAAAUACGAAGAACUGCGAUGCAUGCUCAAUCAGGAAUCGUAUAAAAGAAAGCCGGUUGUUGCGCUGCGAGAACCUGUGAAAUCAGUAAAGAGACAGAAAGUUGAGGUUAUUACUGCUGAGCAGGAGUUGCCAAAGAAAGAGAAGACAGCAUUGAAAGAAGAGCCUGUAUUAUCACGGGAGAAGGGUAUCGACGAAUUUUACUUCACGACGUCUUCGGAAGAAGAUGAGAAUGAGCCUAAAAGGCGCAGGCGAAAGAAGGCUGUGGUUAAGCUGACGGUAAAUCCGCCCAAGCAGACCAUUACAAAUCAUUUGCAUGUUGUGAAACCUCAGUUUGGUUCAAUUCGCAAGUUUCUGGGAUCUUUUAAGUCCCUUGAUGAGCACGUCACUCUAGAAGAAUUUGACAAUUAUGUCACCGACCAAAAGCGUGUGUUUCAAUCAAUAAAGAAGGGAAUUAAAAAUGGGGUUCUUCAAUAUGAUCCUGAUUCGAAUUCACUUCAACCCAUUACACUCAAAGAUGCCGCGGGAGUUCAGGCUCACAGGCCUGACCCCGUCACGUAUUUUUACAAAGAACAAAAUCAGCAUACUCACUGGGACCAUGUCAUUAACCAGGGAAUCGUUUCGAGUAGACUGGUUCAGGAAGCCAGAAAGGCUCGCAUAUCGAGAGCAAGGAAAGUUUCCAUGAUGAUUGAACAGCAUUUCAGGCAUAUUGCAGGCGCAGAACAACGAAAACAAAGAGAAGAAGAUAAACGAAUGAAGAAUCUCGCCCGAUCGGCGGCUCAGGCCGUCAAAAAACGUUGGAUGGUAGCUGAAAAGGCUUAUAAGGUGUUGAAGACCGAGGAAGAAGAGCAGCUUAAGAAAAUCCAGGGCAAACGACAUCUGAGCAAAGUGUUGGAACAGAGUACUCAACUUCUCGGAGCUCAAUUCAAACAUCUCUCCAACGAUAGCGAUGACGAAGAUCUUGAGGACUCUUUGCACAGCGACCGCUCGAAUUUGAGCGAAAGCGACGCUUUCACGACCUCAUCGUCAGAAAGUGAAAGCAUGAGUGACGCUGAAGACGACGCAAGGCUUUCAGUUGAACAGCUACAAGCAAAAUAUGCCAACAUGGGCAAGACAAAUGACGAUACAGCGCAAGUCAGCGACCUCGAAUCAGAAAGAGGGUCCAGCAGGGAUGCUGGGUCCGAAAGACAAGACGAUUUAAAGGACACACCGAGAGAAGCUUCAGAUGCUGAAGAUGCUUCCCCUGAUAUCUUAGAUGAAGACGAAGACGAUGAUAUAUCAGGUUUAUCGUCAAGUUCGUCAGAAGGGGAUACUGAAAACGAAGAGGCUGAAGAGGAAGGUGGUUCCGUGGGCACUAAGCCCAAUUUAGCAACUCUCCUCACCGACUUGAGUGAUGAAGAUGAUUCUGCAGAAGAAGACGACUACACGAGCCCCGACGAGCAAUUGCAUUCCACGGGGGACACGUCAACUGGAGAAACAUCCAUGGAUGAGUCUGAUUCCUCCUUCAGUAGUCGGGCAGCACAGCCCAAUGGCACAGACAAAAGUUUAACGAACCUUAACAAAGCUGAGUCCGAAAAGGAUCAGCCAGAUGAGACAUUGACGAAACCUGCGGACGAUCCGCUGUCGGUCGAAGAUGUACCGGUACCUUCUCUACUGAGAGGAACUCUCAGAGCGUAUCAAAAGCAAGGCUUGAACUGGUUGGCUUCUCUUUACAAUAACAAGACCAAUGGAAUUUUAGCCGAUGAAAUGGGCUUAGGGAAAACUAUUCAGACAAUCUCUUUUCUAGCGUAUCUUGCAUGUGAAAAGCAAAACUGGGGACCACAUCUCAUCAUUGUUCCCACGUCUGUGCUGCUGAAUUGGGAAAUGGAGCUCAAAAGAUUCGCCCCGGGGUUCAAAGUGCUGACAUAUUAUGGCUCGCCGCAACAGAGAAAAGAGAAGAGAAAAGGGUGGAAUAAAAGUGAUGCUUUCCACAUUUGCAUCACGUCCUAUCAGCUUGUCGUCCAUGAUCAGCACUCUUUUAAGAGAAAGAAAUGGCAAUAUAUGAUUCUAGAUGAGGCGCAUAACAUCAAGAAUUUCCGAUCCACAAGGUGGCAAGCAUUGCUCAAUUUUAAUACCGAUAGAAGACUGCUAUUAACAGGAACACCGCUUCAGAACAAUCUAGCCGAAUUGUGGUCGUUGCUUUAUUUCCUGAUGCCACAGACUGCUGUCGAUAAAAAAGGAGGCAUUCAAGGGUUUGCGGAUUUGGAAGCCUUUCAGCAAUGGUUCGGAAGACCUGUUGAUAAGAUUAUUCAAACAGGAGAAGGAUUUGAACAAGACCAAGAGACAAAAGAGACAGUGGCAAAGUUGCACCAGGUUCUACGUCCCUACCUACUGAGAAGAUUGAAAUCCGAUGUUGAAAAACAGAUGCCUGCUAAGUAUGAGCAUAUUGUCUACUGUCGUUUGUCGAAAAGACAAAGGUUUCUAUAUGACGAUUUCAUGUCUAGAGCACAAACAAAGGCCACUCUUGCGAGCGGAAAUUUCAUGUCCAUCAUCAAUUGUUUAAUGCAACUGCGGAAAGUUUGCAAUCACCCGGACCUUUUCGAAGUACGACCCAUAUUAACCUCUUUGGCCAUUGAAAACUGUGUCAUGAACGACUAUUUGGAUCUGAAUUGUAAAAUAUCGAGAAAGCUACACUAUAAAGAUCACGACACGACGGUGAACCUCGACGAACUGAACUUUAUCUUUACGAAUAACGACUUAACGAUGUCAACGCACCAUUCUCAAGAUAUUGAGCGAAUGAGAUGCAUUUCUCGUUUCAAGGAAGAAUUGUCCAAACUACAAGAGAGGGACAAUUCAAACUCGCAAGCUCUUGAAGCGAUCACGAACUUCCAAAAUUUGAACGACUAUUAUCAAAAAUCGAUUGCGAAGAACCGUGCAAACGUUAUUGACAAAUUAAAUUUCUCGUGGUACCUCAACGAGUUAAGAUGCGCGCGUAAACCCGUUUAUGGCAGAAAUUUAGUAAAUCUGUUGAAUGUCGCACAGCAGCCAACUCCAAAAGGCGGGGAGUUCUUCGAAGAGGCCUUGAAGCCCUUGCAAACCAGGGUAUUUGCAAGCAAAGACAUUAUCGAGAAAUUUGCAGUGGUGACUCCGAAUGUUGUGACACUUGACGGUCGCGACUUCUUUGCUGGGGUGCACGACGAGAUGCAUAGCUUCGCGGUACCGUCAGACGUGGUGAAAAAUGAAUUACGCGCAUUGGACAAUCCGUUCCACCAGUUGCAAACCAAACUGGCUAUCGCUUUCCCGGACAAAUCGCUCUUACAAUACGAUUGCGGUAAGCUUCAGAAAUUGGCAGAAUUGCUGCGGCAACUGAAAGACGGUGGCCACAGAGCGCUCAUCUUCACCCAGAUGACCAAAGUGCUGGACAUCUUGGAGCUGUUUUUGAACUAUCACGGAUACCUGUAUAUGCGACUUGACGGUGCGACCAAGAUUGAGGACCGGCAGAUUCUGACCGAACGAUUCAACAGCGACCCGCGCGUCACGGCGUUCAUACUUUCGAGUAGGUCCGGCGGUCUGGGUAUCAACCUGACUGGCGCAGACAGUGUCAUUUUCUACGACUCCGACUGGAAUCCUGCCAUGGACAAGCAAUGCCAGGACAGGUGCCACCGGAUCGGCCAGACCCGCGACGUGCACAUCUACCGCUUUGUGAGCGAGCAUACCAUCGAGAGCAAUAUUUUGAAAAAGGCAAACCAGAAGCGGCAUCUGGACAACGUUGUGAUCCAGCGGGGUGACUUUACGACGGAUUAUUUCACCAAACUGUCUGUCAAGGAUUUGGUUGGCGCGGAAGUAGCUGGGAACGCGACUACCAGCGCUGCUGCUGAUGCUGCUGCCGACAAGCCGCUGCUGCUCGAGAACGACCUUGCCAACAAGGACCCGCGCAAGCUGGAAAGCCUGCUCGCGCAGGCGGAAGACGCAGACGACGUCAAGGCGGCGAAACUGGCGAUGCGGGAGGUCGAGGUCGACGACGAGGACUUCAGCGAAACCGGCACCGCCGGCGGAGCCGGCGCAAAAGGCGCUACCGGGAGCGUACAAAGCGAUCUCGACGGCUACGAAGACGAAUACGAGGGCACGGGCCACGUGGAAGAGUACAUGGUUCGGUAUAUUGCGAAUGGGCACUACUACGAGUGA